AUGGCGCUGCUGAGCCCCCGCGUGCCGCGGCUGCCGCCCUCCACCUUCACCUUCGCCGCCGCGGCCGGUGCCCGGUGCUUUGGCCGUGCCGCGAGGUGCCAGGCGACGGCGGCGGGCGGCGUGGCGGCCGCGGGGCCCCCGUCGUCGGAGCUGGAGGCCAUCCAGUGGGGCAGCGCCAAGCUGCAGGGCGUUCGCGACGAGAUGGAGGAUGAGAUCUUGCUCCGCCCGGGCUCCCUCCUCGACGGCUUCUCCUUCGCCGCCGUCUUGGAUGGACACGCCGGCUUCUCCGCCGUCCAGUUCCUCAGGCACCUUGCAAAUUUAUUGUUUUCUACUAAAAUAAAUAAAAUCCUACCCCUCAACGAAGCGCGGUUCCCGGCUGCUCGUUCGUGGCGUUUCAGGGACGAGCUGUACAAGGAGUGCGCAGCCACGUUGGACGGCGGCGCGGUGCUGAGCACUAAGAAUCUCGACGCUAUCACGGCCUCCAUCCAGCGUGCCUUCGCCGCUGUCGACGCCAAGCUCUCCACCUGGCUCGAGCAAGCCGACAAGGACGACGACUCUGGUGCUACGGCAACUGCCAUGUUUCUCAGGAACGAUGUCCUUGUUGUCUCGCACAUUGGGGACUCUUGCUUGGUGAUAUCACGCGGUGGAAGACCUGAAGCUUUGACCAGCUCUCAUCGACCAUAUGGGAACAACAAAACGUCCCUUGAAGAGGUCAAGAGGAUCAGAGCAGCAGGUGGAUGGAUUGUUGAUGGGCGCAUAUGUGGAGACAUAUCUGUAUCUCGUGCUUUUGGGGACAUAAGAUUUAAGACACGAAAGAAUGAAAUGCUGGUGAAAGGAGUUAAAGAAGGAAGGUGGACUGAUAAGUUCAUCUCACGAAUAAAAUUUAAAGAUGAUCUAAUAAUCUCGUCACCUGAUGUAUCUCUGGUAGAGCUUGGACCAGAUGUGGAAUUUGUUCUAUUAGCAACUGAUGGUCUUUGGGAUUACAUAAAAAGCUCUGAAGCUGUAGCUUUUGUCAGAGAUCAACUACGUCAACAUGGUGAUGUCCAGUUGGCCUGUGAGGCACUUGGUCAGAAAGCUCUGGAUCAACGGUCAAAAGACAAUAUUAGCAUAGUCAUAGCUGACUUGGGGAGGAUAAAUUGGAAGGCAUUGCCCGAUGAAAGACCAAACAUGUUCUUCGAACUAAGUCAAGCAGUCGCGACUGUAGGGGUUGUCUCAAUAGGAAUUUGGUUUUCGUCGUUCCUUGGAUUACAGUAG